AUGACCAGCCUGAAGCGCUCGCAAACGGAGCGGUCGGUCGGGGGCUCGGUCCCCGCCACUGACGAGUUCUACACCCGCCGCUUGCGCCUGCCCAACGGGGGGGCGCCCCCGCCCCGCAGCGAGAGCGCCCACCUGUCCGGGAGCACGCCCGGCGUGCCCAAAAUGGGCGUCCGCGCCCGCGUGGCCGACUGGCCCCCGCGGAAGGACGGGGGCGGGGUGUGGCACAUCACCGUGGAGACGGACUCACCCAGCACGGUGGGCGGCAGCGGGGGGACGCAGAGCAACCUCUCGUCAAAGCUGGGUCACCUCAUCAGCCCCCAGGACUCGUCCAUGCUGAGGAACAUCCAGAACACGCUGAAGAACAAGAUGCACGCGGCCAGCCGCGGCAAGGACAACCGCUUCCUCUCGCCCGAUGGGUACAUGGGGUCGCCGCGCAAGGGCAUGAGACGCAUCCGUCAACGCAGCAACAGCGACAUCACCAUCAGCGAGCUGGACGGUGACGGGGGCGAGCACUGGUCCUUCUCCGGCUGGUCGCCUGUGCACCGCGAGUACGGCAGCACCUCGUCCAUCGACAAGCACGGCGUCUCUGGGGAGAGCUUCUUCGACAUGAUCAAGGGCUACCGCGGGGGCUCCCCGGACCAGCGCAGCCAGGCCCCGGAGAAGCUGGGCGAGCUCCUGACCGUCGCCCACAAGCAGUCGGCCCUGGACCUGCCCGACAGCGGGCCCGCCGGGUCCCAGCGAGGGAGCCCCUCCAGCCGGCUGAAGGAGCGCGAGAAGCCGCCCAAGAGGCGCUCCAAGUCGGAGACGGGCGGGGAGUUCAUCUUCCGCAAGCUGCGAAGCGUCCGGGCGGAGGGUGCCGACUCCAGGGCCGGGUCGGACGCCGAGGACAACCGCUCUGAGGACGGCGGGGGGCCCCCUCCCAAGCCGUGGACCUGCCAGAAGGGCUUCGCCCACUUCGACGUCCAGAGCGUCCUGUUCGACCUGAACCAGGCGGCGCACAGCCGACAGACCGCUGUCAAGCGGAAGAACAUCACCACGGGGGCGUCCGCCGCCUCGGCUGCCUCCGCCUCGCCCUCCCUCUCCUCCCAGGGCGGGAGCGGAGGCGGCUGCAGUUCCCCCUGCGGCAGCCAGGAGGAGCUGAGCGCCAAGGACGGCCCGGGCCUGGACCCCGGAGACGACAAGUCCAACGAACUGGUGCUCAGCUGCCCCUGCUUCCGCAACGAGGUCGGAGGCGAGGGAGAGCGGACCCUCAGGCCCUCCACGCUGGGCAGUAUCGGCAGCGGAGGCUCGGCAGGGGCUGAGGGUGAGGAGGGGCCCCUGGAGGCCCCCGCCAGCCACCACUUCACCAACGCGGGCGUGGCCAUGCUGGAGGCCCCCCGCGAUGGCCAAGGCCUGCACAGCGACCGCGGAAAACAGUACAUCGUGGAGCACGUGGACCUGGGCUCCUGCUACUACAGGAAGUACUUCUACCUGAGAGAGCACUGGAACUACCUGGGCGUUGACGAGACCCUCGGUCCGGUAGCUGUGAGCCUCCGGCGCGAGAAGCUGGAGGACCACAAAGAGCACGGCCCACAGUACAACUACCGGGUCAUCUUCCGCACCAGCGAGCUGACCACACUCCGUGGGUCCAUCUUGGAGGACGCCGUGCCGGCCACCUCCAAACACGGCACUCCCCGUGGCCUGCCUCUGAAAGAGGUGCUGGAGUACCUGGUGCCCGAGCUCAAUGCCCACUGCCUGCGGCUCGCCCUCAACACGCCCAAGGUCACCGAGCAGCUGAUGAAGCUGGACGAACAGGGGCUCAGCUUCCAGCUGAAGGUGGGGGUGAUGUACUGCCAGGCGGGCCAGAGCAGCGAGGAGGAGAUGUACAACAACGAGUCGGCCGGCCCAGCCUUGGAGGAGUUCCUGCAGCUCCUGGGGGACCGUGUGCGCCUCAAGGGCUUCUCCAAGUACCGCGCCCAGCUGGACACCAAGACUGAUUCUACGGGGACCCACUCCCUGUUCACCACUUACAAGGACUACGAGAUCAUGUUCCAUGUGUCCACCAUGCUGCCGUACACACCCAACAACAAGCAGCAGUUGCUAAGGAAGCGGCACAUCGGCAACGACAUUGUCACCAUCGUGUUCCAGGAGCCUGGUGCCCAGCCCUUCACCCCGAAGAACAUCCGCUCCCACUUCCAGCAUGUAUUCGUUGUGGUGCAGGUGCACAACCCUUGCUCUGAAAACACCUGCUACAGCGUGGCGGUCGCUAGGUCUCGAGAUGUCCCUUCUUUCGGGCCGCCCAUCCCCAAGGACGUCACCUUUCCCAAGUCUACCGUGUUCCGGGACUUCCUGCUGGCCAAGGUGAUCAACGGCGAGAACGCCGCCCACAAGUCGGAGAAGUUCCGCGCCAUGGCGACGCGCACACGCCAGGAGUACCUGCGCGACCUGGCGGAGCGUCACGUGACCAACACACCCAUAGACCCCUCGGGCAAGUUCCCCUUCAUCUCGCUGGCGCACAAGCGCAAGGAGAAGAGCCGGCCGUACACGGGGGCCGAGCUACGCAGUCUGGGGGCCGUCACCUGGCCCGUUCACGCCGAGGACCACGGGGCAGGCAGCGAGCUGGAGGCGCUUUUGGCCAUCUCCAACGAGUUCCUCAUCCUGGUGGACCAGGAGGCCAAGGCGGUGGUGUUCAACUGCGCCGUGCGCGAUGUCAUAGGCUGGACGCUGGGGAGCCCCGCCUCCAUGAAGAUCUUCUAUGAGCGCGGGGAGAGCGUGGCGCUGCGCUCCAUCAACAACAACACCGAGGACUUCCGUGAAGUCGUCAAGCGUCUUGAGCUCCUGACGAAGGGCUGCGAGACGUCGGAGAUGACGCUUCGGCGGAACGGCCUGGGCCAGCUGGGCUUCCACAUCAACUACGAGGGCAUCGUGGCGGAGGUGGAGCCGUACGGCUACGCCUGGCAGGCGGGGCUGCGGCAGGGCAGCCGCCUGGUGGAGAUCUGCAAGGUCUCUGUGGCGACGCUGACGCACGAGCAGAUGAUCGACCUGCUGCGCACCUCCGUCUCCGUCAAGGUGGUGAUAAUCCCCCCGCACGAGGACGCCACGCCCCGCAGGGGAUGCUCGGAGUUGAAAAACAUGCCGGGCUCGGACUUCAAGUCGGGCUCGGAGAGCGUCUCGUUCGAAUACAAGUUCCCUUUCCGCAACAACAACAACAAGUGGCAGCGCACGUCGUCCAGCCCACAGCAGUCCCUCACCGCCUCUCCGCAGAGCCACGCAGGCACGCCCAACCGGGCCGUCAGCCUGGGAGGCAGCAUGGGAAAGACCCUGUCCGCUGAGCGGCCCGCCAUCCCCCGCAGCGUUUCCAGCGACGGCCGACCGCUCGACCCCAAGAGGAUCUCUCCCGGCUCAGAGAACUAUGCGCUGGCCUCUUCCAUUCUGAUUGGCCGUUCUCCGCACAACCGCAGCUCUCCCAGCAGCCUCUCCUGUUCCAGCGACACAGGCUCUGCCCACUGGCGGCAGAAGUCCAUGCCUGAAGGAUUUGGGGGUAGCAGACACUCUCCUCUCUCUGUGGAUCGACCUGGCAUUGGGGAGACCAGUGGAAGCGGCAAGUCUACACCCAGCUGGCCUAAGACAGAGGAUGGGGGGGGAGCCAGGGGUGGAGGAGACAGAGGCUCAGCAGACGCCCCUGUCUCCAAGUCUGGACCCCCAUACUCCGGUGGUCCCCGCAUUCAGAGGCAGGAACAGGUGAUUCACAUCUCCCCAAAGAAGAGCAGCCAGGACUCCACGUACUCGGCUCACUCCAGCAGCAACACCCUGUCCAGCUCCAGCUCGGCGCACAGCGAGGAUAAGUGGUACGACAUGGGCGGCGGGGCGGGGCCCUCGGAGCAGCCUGACUCGGAGAUAAACGGUUUCGGCGGCGGGAUCCUGCAGGGGGCGUCCGCCGACAGCGGCAUCGACGCGGCCUCGUACGGGGCCUCGCACAGCAGCACCAGCUCCCUGCUGGCCCCCGGGGCCCCGGGGCCGAGAGAGAGGGCCCCCUCCCCCUGGCACAGCCCCACGGAGGGGGGCCGGCGCAUGCUGGAGAGGUCCCCCCCGGCCGCCGAGUCCCCCGUGCCCCCAGGGGCCGCCGAAGGGCCCACCCGCCCCAAAUCGGCACACCCCCUGAUGAGGGACAGCAGCUCCUACAGCAUCGGGGAAGCUGCGCAUGCCAGCGGCCACAGCUCCCGUCGCAGUUCCCCGCGGGAGGAGAGCGCUACGUCUCCCUCCUCCCAGUCCUCCCUGCCCCCUGGCCCCAAGAGCUUCUACCCCCGCCAGGGGGCCACCAGCAAGUACCUGAUCGGCUGGAGGAAACCCGGUAGCACCAUCAACUCCGUGGACUUCGGCGACACGCGCAAGAGGCACCAGGGGGAGGGGCCUGAGGGAGGGCACCACCAGCAUAGAGCCAGGGACACGGACAGGGAGGGGCAUUCGCCCCAGCACAAGGGCAAGGCCCCCGCCGAGGAGAAACUGAGGAAGCUCAUCACGGUGGACACCCCCACCACCAUCAGGGUGGAGACCGAGAUUUCCUCUCCAGGCCCCGGGCCUACCCGCCGCUCGCUCCACCGCACCCUGUCGGAUGAGAGUAUCUACCGCGGCCAGCGGCUGCCCUCCAUGGCGGACUCUGUGCUGGAGGAGGCCCUGGGCAGCGACAUGCUGUUCGGCUGCUCCACCGUGCCCCGCUCGCCCACCACUCGCGGCGUUCCCCUCCGCCGGCCCUCCUACAAGCUGGGCGUUGCCCUGCACGGUGACCUCUCGGCUUCCGACACCUCCCUGGCUGACCUGCAUGAUCGCCGUAGGCAACCGCCAAAGGACCUGAACCUCAUGCCCCUUCCAGACUCCGACAUGGACAGCGGUCUGGACUGGACACACCUGGUGGACGUGGCCAAGGCCUUUGAAGGCCGAAGUACAUCAUUCUUCUCUACCCGAGACCUGAGCCAGAGAAGAGGAAGUGCUGCCGCCAUCUCCCAGCAGGCCGAGCUGCUGCCCACCAUGCCCUCCCGUCCUUCCCAUUCCCAUGGUGAGCCCUCUGGUGGCUUGGCAGGGAAGGUCACCCAGCUGGAGGCCUUGGUGAAGAUGCUGCAAGAGGAUCUGAAGAAGGAGCGUGAGGAGAAGGCUAAACUGCAGGCCCAGAUUCAGACCCUGUGGGAGGAUAACCAGCGGCUACAGGAGGAGGCCCAGAACGCUGCCGCCAAACUCAAGAAGUUCACCGAGUGGGUCUUCAACACCAUCGACAUGAACUGAACCCCGUGGCCCACGGCCCCCCUGAGGAGGAGUAAGAGCAGAGGGAGGAGGAAGAGGAUUGGAGAGCAGCCAUUUUGUUCCACUGUGUCUUGUCUGGGUUACCUAUCCAGCCCCACUCUGCCCGUCCCCUAGAGCGUUAGCCACUGUGGCUGUCACUGACGAAUAUUCUCUCAUUUUCUUAUUUCUCAGGAGGUGAACCUUGUUGACUAGGUCUUGCUGCCUGGUUGUGGUUCCUGCACGGUCAUUUCAAAGCAAUGAUUAUUCCAGAAUCAAUCGAGUGGUUGGGACAUUUUAAUGAAGACUGACCUGCCUCAAACACCUGGGGCCUUACUUCCAUCUUCCUGACUUGUUUUCCCCUCUUUCUUUUCCUUCUGUUGUUUUCUUCCGUUGUUUUCUUCCUUCCUGGCCCGGAAAAAUGACCUGUUCUGUCUUGCCAUAGGCACUUCCAUCAUUCUCUUACUACCAUGGAAACUUCUAGGCUUUUGAUCCAGCCAGCUCUUGUUACCACGGACAGCCUGUGCUUAAUACUGUGGAAAAUGCCGGACUUCAGAACCAGUCUACUCUUAAAUCCCAACCUAAGAGGUGUUCUACUAGGCUGCCAGAGUGCAGGAACACUUUGGAACAGGCUUCAUACGGAAUCAUCCCAUGUGUUACUCUCCAACUGACAAUCAAGUCUCUAUUUUUCUUUCUCUCUCUGCCUCUCUUGCUCUCUCUCUCUUUGCCUCUCUCUCUCACUCUCUCUCUCUUUCAUAUUCCUGAAGGUGUACAGUUUGAAGAUCGGUCCUUGAUGUGGAGACCUGAUUGGUAAUUGUCUCUGUCGGUUCAUUAGGAGACUUCAGAAGGGAGGGGUGUGUUGGGGGCUAGCCUCCCUGAGAGAGAUGGCAGCUACCUGUAUAUGUGGUGACAUACCUGACUUACAAUAGUUUAGUUCCAGAGUGCAUUUCGUCAAUGCAGCUCUGUGCUGUGAUGUCACACGGAAUAAUAAUGACAUGGACAUUCCAGUCAGACGUCAUACCUAAUCGUGUGGAAAAACACAUUGUUCUGGGAUGCCACAAGGCAGUACUGAAUGUUGAUAAUCAAAUGUAAUAGGUAAUGAAAUAGUACCUUUAAAAAGGGAAAAGAGCUCCUAGGUGUGUUUUAAUUCCAAAAGUGGAGUAUCUGUACAAGGCUAUUGACUCCAAUGUAAGCAAUCUGACAUCUUCAGUCUGUGGUAUAGGGUACUGAGGAGAGACCUCCCUCUGCCUGGCCAUCUCCAAGAAUGUGAAUUUAUUGAGCAAUGAUGUGUGGAUAGUUUCAGAUUAAUUUAUUUCUUUGUAUAAUAUAUAAUUCCAAGUUGUCCUACACGUUCACCACAGCUAAAUUCUCUGUAUAGUUCUAGUUCAUUUAGAAGGGUUAGUCUUGAUUUCAGUAGCCAUUUUAGUUUUUUAAAAAUAAUUAUUGAGUUGAAUGUUUUUUUUUGGUAUUUGUAUAGCUUGUGGUUGCGGUGCCCGAUUCUUAGCCUUCUGUUGUGUAGCUACAGGGCCAUCUAGCGUUGAUUAUCAGACAUGACACUAGUCAAAAUCAGUCUGCACCGAUCCGAUCCACAUUCAUAUGAGAGCCGAUUGAUCCAAGAUUGGCUGUGAAUCGUCCAGGCAAAGGUUCUCUGGUAUCCCCAGACAGCACACUGAUAACUGCUACAUAAGGCCGAUGCAGGUGCCCUGUUGCUUUUUGUCUGUGGGAGGUUUGCCAUCAUAUGGAGAUAGUUUGACCAGUGGGAAGUAUCACAGAAAACAUUAUAUUAAACAAGUACUAAACAAAACUGAUUUUUUUUCUUUGCAAAACAAAAUUACCUGCAAUGUUUUCCCUGUUUGUCUCAAACUCAAAAUUUUUCCUUGCAAUAUUUAUUUCCUAGUUUUGCUUGACAAUAUUGACACAAAUAUGUGACAAAAGUAUGACGUUUCCUUUAUUUUUGACACAACUCUGAUUCCAUAACCAAAGUAGCUGCAACAUCUUCUCAAUGGACAAACUACCUCCACGCUCCCUCUGCCAGAGUGCGACACAGCAUCUACGUCAGUCUUACGUAGAGCUGUCCCGUCAGGGUCUCCUCUGACUCUGUUCAGCGCUUCUGUUCUAACCCAGGAUGAACCACCUGCUCAUGCAUGUUUUAUGCCCCGUGGUGUCAAAUUACUGCCAUUACAUUUCUAAAGAGAGAACUUUGAAACUUCUACUGGAAAAUAAAUGGACUCGAACAGUCGGCAUUAAAAUGCAAAGAACAAAUGUUGGGGCAUCUAAUAUUCAUGAGAUAUGUCAUUGCUGAGGAAACAUAGCCAGGUUUCUGGUUUCUGAGAGGCUGCAGUUGGGCCAGUGCUUGCAGUUACGCGACACGGUGUGGCUGUCGGAUUGACUAUGUGAAAUGGCUCAGGUAGGCCUGAUAGGGCCACAAGGCAAUGCUGUGUAACUCCUCAAUGGCUAAAACUCACAGCAUUUCAUCCUAGUGGCCUGUCACACGACUUUUAAGUUCAUUGUAAAUAUUGUGACGUUCUGGUGUUUUUCAGUUCCCCCAUUACUUCUGGCCAAUGGAGUGAUUAAGUAGUCAGCACAUAAUUGAAUUUCCAUGGUUAAUCAAGGCUUUAUACGCUUGUUGGUUGAACAGCAUGCUGUGAAAUUCAUAGCGUCCAAGUUUAUGGUAUAUCGUGCGUGAGCGUCAUGGUCGAAUAUUUAUUAAGAUGAAGAAGUUAGCAAUUUUUUCAAUUUCUUUGAAAUUCUGUCCAAGUCUGGGAUAUAAAAUGGACAGGUUUUAAGCCAAGGUAUGAAUACUGGUUCUGUUUUAAGAAUCAUGAGAGAUGGGAGAACCCUUUUCCUGUUUUCAUAUUGCUGUCAUGACAAAUCAAGAGGGUCUUGUGAACACUUUUCAGAGGAUUGAGUGCACACUUCUAAAGAUCAAGUGAACACUUUUCAGAAGGUUGAAUGCACACUUUACAGGGCCAAGUCAACACUUUUCAGUUAGCCAAAAGAAAACUCCGGGUCACUAGUAUCCUAUGUUUGAUUUUCCAACAGCCAUGUAAUAUUAGCAAAUAUUUGUUUUAUUUCUCUUUUCAUUUCAAAUUGUCUUUCUGUAAAGUGUGAAUAAAUAAAUAAUUGAAUUCCCAUGAAUAGUAGUCCUAUUUCACACAAGUGAGUUGUAUUUGUUUUUAGUGAAAUUGAGCUUUGUUGAUUCUCGGCGAACAUGCUUAUUAUUUGUUUUAAUUGUUUGUUCUGUUUGCUAGAUAACUCUGCCUUUAAGACUUAAAAUGUGAAUGUUUAUUUUUUCAGUUGAAUUUUAUUUGCACAUGGUAUAUUUUGUACAAAUGAUUAUUACGAUUAGGUAGAAAAGAAACUUCAGCUGUUGCAGUUUUAAUUCAGUUUUCCUCUUCUAAGUAGUAGUGGCCUCAGUGUGGUUUCAGAAACGUCUGCUACUGAUUGGACAAUGUAGACAGGACUGCUGCUUCCUGUUUGUGAUGCAUAUUAAACCGCGACGUUGGGUGUGUUACCUGUAUCUUUCUCCCAAGUGAAUAUGUCUUUCAAAAAUCUUGUUUGAAUGAUAUGUGCAUUUAAAAGAAUAUAAUUAAUGAAGUAUUGUUUACAUAUUCUAUUACAUUUUUUGUAAGAUGUAGAGGUUAAAAAAAAAGAAUACAUUUGAAGUGAUCACAGUAUUAAUGGUUCUUAAAAAAAAGACUGAGGUGCUGUAAUUUUUGACAUGUGGUCAACAGACAAGUUUUUGCUUGCUGUCAGAUAUGAGGUGUUUACUGCCAUUGCUCACUAGAUCAAUAAAUUAAUUUAUAUGCUUUUAGGACAA